AUGGCUAAUCCUGGCUGUGUACAAGAACGGACCUCCAGUCUGACAGCCACGACUGAUAUAUUUGUGAUGUGGAAGAGCGAUCCAUACACUAGCAGCGAUGACGGUUUCAACAAUUGGGACAAGAUCGUAACGCUAGUCGUGUCAAAUCUAGAGGCACACGCGCUCGACAUUGGGGACCUUACUGAUGAAGAUAUGGCGGACCAUGAUCUACCUCAACAGUACGAGUCGCAUCCCAUGGAGGAAGAUGAACAAAACUACUCCUCCCAGGUUUCAUUAGCGUCGGAUGAUGAGUUUAUGGAGGAGACCGAUGGUUAG